GGCUGCAGUCCUGGGUCCCAGGCUCCCGGAAGUGCUGCUGCGCGCUCCGGAAACGAUUCAUCGGGCCGCUAGCGCCCUCCCCGUCGUUUUCCGUGACAGACGUAGAGCUAAGCGACCGAGGCCGCGAGCGAGAUGCCGGUGGCCGUGGGUCCCUACGGACAGUCCCAGCCAAGCUGCUUCGACCGCGUCAAGAUGGGCUUCGUGAUGGGUUGCGCCGUGGGCAUGGCGGCCGGGGCGCUCUUCGGCACCUUUUCCUGUCUCAGGAUCGGAAUGCGAGGUCGGGAGCUGAUGGGCGGCAUUGGGAAAACCAUGAUGCAGAGUGGCGGCACUUUUGGCACAUUCAUGGCCAUCGGGAUGGGUAUCCGAUGCUAACCAUGGUUGCCCACUACAUCCAUCCUUUCCCAUCAGUCCCAGCCCAUGUACUAAUAAAAGAAAGUCUUUGAGUAG